AAAGAUGUUCAAGUGUUGUGGUAUCUCAGUAGCAAUGGAUGGGUCUGAAGAUGAUUUGGUGUUUGAUUAUGAAGCUUUGGGUGAAGAUUUGAAAAAUGUGAAUGAAGAAAAUAUCAAAGAAUUGAAUGCAAAUGAUAUUAGCGACAAGGAGUAUGAAAAAACUGAGGUUGAUAACGAUUGGGAAUAA